AUGGGCGUGGGGUGGGCGGAAUUACCACAAGAAAUCAUUGAAUUAAUAUCCAAAAAACUGACAAUCUACUUCGACUAUCUCCGAUUCCGAUGCGUCUGUCGCAGCGUUCCUGAAACCCCUCUCCAUCUACCACCUCAAUUCCCAUUGCUCAUGCUUUCUCCUAAAUCCUUCUUGGACCCACCCACCAACAAACUCCACCACCUCAAUCUCCCUUUAUCUUCUUCUCACCGCACUCGUAUCUGCGGUUCCUCCUAUGGCUGGCUCGUCAUUCUCCACGAAAUCUCCGAGGUUCGUCUUCUCAACCCUAUAACAUGCGUCACACUUUCUCUUCCUUCUCUCUACACUUUGCCAAAGUUUGUUAGAAAGCGUUUGAAAUGUAAUAGUAACUCAUUCCUUAAUAAAGUUGUCUUAUCGUCUAGCCCCUCGCUUAGCAGCGACUUUGUUGCAUUCGCCAUUCUUAAUUCUAGUGCGUUAGCAUUCUAUAGAAAAGGCCAUGAUUCCUGGGUUCUCUUCAAUGUGAACGGAUAUCACGUAUGGAUGGACGUUGUAUCCAAAAACAAUUUGUUUUAUGCUGUGAGCAUGGAAGGAACGACAGUAGUGUGCGAUGUUGAAGGUCCUCGAGUCUCCAUUAUCGAGACGACAAACUCUGUCAAUUUAGGGAAUCAAAUUUACUAUGUUGUAUUUUCCGGGGAGGACAUGUUGUUGGUCUCUUCGUAUCAGACAGCGUGGUUUCUAAUUUUAAAGAUGAAUUGGAAUACCCUAAAGUGGGAAAAAAUUCAAACAUUGGGCGGAAAGAUGCUGUUUGUAGAGUCGAGGUCUUCCUUUAACGAUGUUUCUAGCAAAGACGAAUUGGGCAUCUUUAGUUUAUCAUACGAAAGCAUUAAGCUGUUGGCCGGUUAUCCACUAGUUACAGAUCGUCGUUUAGGAUAUCCAAUUUGGGUUACACCAAGUCUGUGA